AUGUCCCAUCUCACCUACUUCAACUACCCCGGCUUCGGCGAGCAGAUGGCGGACAUGUACAGCCAAGCCGUCCGUGUGGGUGAUCGGAUCGAGUUAGCCGGACAAGGCGGCUGGGAUCCCACGACCGGCGCCCUCCCCGCGGACACACCCGCGACCACGCAAAUCGAACAGGCGUUCAAGAACAUCGACCUCGCGCUGCGCCACGCGGGCGCUUCAGGCGGGUGGACCCAGGUGUUCCGCGUGAACAGCUACCACAUCCCGCUGGACGACUCCGUGCUCGCGAAGAUGAAGGCCGAAUUCGAGAAGUGGAUGGGCACCCACAGGCCGAUCUGGACGUGUGUCGAGGUGCCGAAGCUGGGGCUUGAGAACAUGAAGGUUGAGAUUGAGGUUGUUGCGCACGUACAGUAA